GUUUCUCGUCGUAAACGCAAAAUCUCAAAUAUCAAUUUAGUGUUCGAAUUGAGUUAGCUGCUUCUUGCUUCUGUCCGAUCCGACACUUUCCAAACAAUGCGAUAGAUCGUCGCGGAACGCUUUUCGUUCAUUCACAUCGGCAAUUUCGCCAGAGGAAAUUCGGGGAGGAGAAUAUAUCGUGAUAACCGACAAGAAUGGCGGCUGUACACCGGGAAGCGAUACAAAAACAGAUUCAACAGGACUGGGCUAACCGCGAAUACAUAGAAGUGAUCACUGGCAGUAUUAAAAAGAUCACGGACUUUCUUAAUUCUUUCGACAUGUCCUGCAGGUCAAGAAUAGCAGUCCUUAAUGAAAAGCUCACGACUCUUGAACGAAGGAUAGAGUACCUUGAAGCAUGUGUCACAAAGGGCGAAACACUGACGUAAUACUUCCAUGUGGUCUACGUCCCCUAGGAUCCUUAACAAGGGUAAAGUCCCAAGGGAAAGUGGUGAAUUGUUGACGCACCCUUACAUCCUUUUCACGUAUUGGGAGAGGAUUCCAGUUGUUCAAAUCGCCAUACUUCUUGAUCGCGGACAACGCUAACAAUAUAACUGUAAAUUGAUAAGCGAAUUUACCAUCUUUCUGCCAACGAUAGCAAAUUCCACCUGUGGCUAAUGCUGCAACAAGCAAACAAAAUAAAAUACGACAAUUAUUCCUAUAA